AUAUAUGUUGAAAAUAAAAAAUUCUUAUAGUAAACAUUAUCUUUGAUGGUGGGAUUAUAGAAAACUUUAUUCCUUCUUUUUUUUUCAUAUUUGUCUUAAAUUAUAGUGCUCAUAAAAAGCAACGCUAUAGUAAAAAAGAUAAAAGUUUUAAAACAUAAUUCAUUUUAAUUUCAAUUCCCAAAUACUGCAUAAUACUAUUGACCUUAAUUUAUUAUUUCUUUCCAUAAGGAAAAUCUGAGCCCAUGAUAUAUCUUUAAUUUUUUAUUCAAGUAAACAUAACUGUGUAUAUAUAUAUAUAACAAAACAUUAGCCAAUUCAAUGAUUUUACAUUACAGUACAGUAAUAUUAAUUACAUUCACUAUGGUUUGCAACCAUCACCACUCUCUGUUUCUGAAUUACUUGAUUACCAUUAACAGAGACUCAAUGCCCCCUAAACAAUGACUUUCCCUUUCCCCCUCUCUCCCACCCCUGGUCACCACUAACAAACUUCGGCUUCUAUACAUUUGCCUAUUCUAGAUAUUUCAUAUAAGUGGGAGCAUACAUUUUUUGAGCUGCUGACUUAUUUCACUCAGCAUAAAGGUAUAUUAAAACCAAAAGUACAGAUGGACUACAUGAAAAUUCUUGCCCAAAUGUCAGUUUAAUACAGUGUUGCUUCCUGAACCAGAUGGAGUUAUGUAUAUGAAAUAAACUGUCUGUAGAAACUGACUGCUGAGACUAUGUGGUACAGUCUAAUGAAAACAGACAGAUGUUCUGUAACUAAUCCAGAGUGCCUUUCAGAGAAAUAAAGGACAUGGGUUCAGAGGAACAAUCAUGAGAAUUUAGGUGGGGAAAUUGUGUUCAACUGAGGUAUCUGAUGUCCUGGCCUGAAUGCACACUUGCUCACAUCUAAUCAUUCCUCAUCGGGCCUGGCUUCCUGGGGCUGACACCCAUCUUUAUCAGCAAAAAAAGUGUUCCGUCUUCUGUCUGUGUGAAAUGCCCUCGCUCUGUUUCUUGCAUCCUCCAUCCUUAUCCUCAACUAUACUACCCUAAUGUCCAUCUGGUGGCGUAGUGGUUAAGAGUUAUGGCUGCUUACCAAAAGGUCUGCAGUUCACAUCCACCAGGCGCUCCUUGGAAACCCUGUGGGGCAGUUCUACUCUGUUGUAUAGAGUUGCUAUGAGUUAGAAUUGACUUGACAGUAGUGGGUUUUUGUGUGUGUGUGUGUGUAUGUGUGUGUGUAAUAAAAAAACCGUAUUGUUCAUCUGAAAUAUUGAUUUAUUAUUAUUUAUUUGCUCAUUUGUGUACUUACUGUCUUUCUCAAGGUUAUGAGUUUUUUAAAAGCAGGACUUAAGCUGUCUUGUUCACAGCAUAUUUCAGAUCAUAGCCCAGGGUCUUGCACAUAACCAAUACUUUGCACUGCUGAAAAGAGGGAGUCCAUCAUAAAUAAAAAUCAUAGCAUUCCUCAAAUUUCUGCAUUGCUUAUACACUUUCAUAAUCUAAUUUUCACAACCUAUGACUCAGUUUCCUUUCAAGUAACAGCAUUUUUUGUGCCUGUGUCUCUCAUGUUCUUAAUUUCCUCUGAAAUAUUGGACCAUUCCUGGAAGAUAGAAAAUUAAUAUUCAUGACAAUGUUCUCUAAAUCCACUGUCUCAGGUUAGUAUUAUUUGUCUGAUAUUUCUGUAUCAUCUUUUCUCCUGUCCAUGAAACAAAAGUUUGUAUUAAUCACUGAUUUUGUAAUUUUGUUAGUUUGAUUCAUUUCAAAUAUUUAAUAAUAGUUACUGGUUGAAAUUUAUCAUGUGCCUAAUUGAUUAUCGAGGAUAACAAUAAUGAACAUCGGAGGGAUAAAAAUUAAAUAAUAAUUACUGAACUUUCUGUUCUACUACAUGUUUAGUGUUUUGUGCUAAAAAUUAGCAGGUGCUAGUAUAUUGUUAAGUAGCCCUGGUGGCACAAUUGUUAAGCACUCAGCUACUAACCAUAAGGUUGUGGUUCAAAUCCACCAGCCACUUCAUGGAAGAAAAGACCAGGCCAUCUGUUUCCAUAAAGAUUACAGCCUAGGAAAUCCUAUGAUUAGUUCUACUCUGUCCCAUAUGGUAGCUACAAGUUGGAAUCAUCUUGAAGGCACACAAGAACAGUAUGUUGUUAUCCUGAAUCUUCUGAGGUGGAAAUUAAACAUUUUGUAAAUAAUGGUAGUAGCUCAGAUUUUUUUUUCUUAAAAUAAAUUACUUAAUGUGAAAGGACCAGGUGUCCAACCUAGGUUUGCCUCAUUUAAAAACUGGUGUGUCUUCUAUGACAAACGCUUCUUCAGGCACCCAAAGAAAAACAUUAUGAUCGGGAUCUCACUAUUUAGAGUCUAUGUUGUUGGCUGAUGAGAGCCGAGCGACCUGCUUGUAAAUUAUCUCCGCUAUAAGUGUCACUAUUAACAUCACCAAAAACAAACACAAUAAUGCCUACUAUAUUGGAGGAGGAAAGCCUGGUGGCGUAGUGGUUAAGUGUUAUGGCUGUGAACCAAAGGGUUGGCAGUUCAAAUCCUCCAGGUGCUCCUUGGAAACCCUAUGGGGCAGUUCUAAUCAGUCCUUUAGGGUCACUAUGAGUCAGAAUCGGCUCAACGGCACUGGGUUACUAGGUUAUACUGGAGGACAACAUAUAUGAAAAAUAGAGCUUUGUGUUCAACAUUUCAUUCCAAUUAUUUUCGAGUAGCUACUACAUACAGGAAUGAAAGAAUAAUCUUGAAGGAGCACAGAAAUGUUAUAAGAUAGUCGUGAGGGUGUCCACUAGGGGUAUUUGUGAUUACAGAUUUUAAAGAUGAAUUCCAAAGAGUGGUGUCUUCCAAAUGCCCCUUUGAUGUAAACAAUACAGCCUUAUAAAAGAAAUACAGCAUCUUAUUAGCUUAAUAUAAGGGAAAACAGCCAAAUGUUGUAUGCCCCAAGAAUUCCUUGACAACUAAUAAUGUGUGCCUUCUCUGAAUAAAGGAGAGUGCAGUCUUUCUCUGAACUCAGUUUACAAAAUUCUACUCACAAUUAUGUCUAAACCCCAAUGUCAAAUGCAACAGGAAAGACCAACACGAGUUUCUCAGUGGACUUCAUCCUUCUAGGCUUUUCAGAGUGGCCUCAGCUGGAAACGGUUCUCUUCUGGAUAGUGGCAAUCUUCUACAUCAUGAUCAUCUUUGGCAACCUGACCAUCAUUGUGCUCUCUUGUAUAGACCCUUGUCUCUACACACCCAUGUACUACUUUCUUAGCAAUCUCUCCUUCUUGGAGCUCUGCUUUACCACCACCACUGUGCCCCAGAUGUUGUCAAACUUGUGGGGACCUAAGAAGACCAUCACCUACACAGGCUGUGUCAUCCAACUCUGUGUGUUUCUCUGUCUUGGUGCCACAGAAGGUGUCUUGCUAGUGGUAAUGGCCUUUGACCGCUAUGUUGCUGUCUGCCAGCCACUGCGCUACACCAUCAUAAUGAACCCUCCUCUCUGUUGGAAGCUGUCCCUUAUGGCCUGGCUCUCUGGCCUGAUGGAAUCUCUGAUCCAAUCUCCCAUCACACUCCAGCUGUCCUUCUGUGCCCACCACCAUGUGGAUGACUUUCUCUGUGAGGUGCCUGCCCUCAUACGUCUGGCUUGUGGAGACACCUCCUCCAAUGAGUGGCAGAUGAGUAUCUCUGCCAUUCUCUUCACCAUCCUGCCUGUAGGGUUGAUCUUAACAUCUUAUGGCUACAUAGCUCAAGCUGUGGGGAAAAUCAAGUCAGAAGAGGGGAGGCAGAAAGCCAUUGCCACUUGCUCCUCCCAUCUUCUGGUGGUUUUCAUGUUUUAUGGGACAGUGGCAAUGGUUUAUACAGACCCUAAGAACGACUUUGCUUCCAAACAUGGAAAGUUCUUCACCUUCUUCUACACUGUGGUCACACCAUUGUUGAACCCUCUCAUCUAUACCCUGAGAAACAAGGAAGUAAAAGAGUCUCUGCAAAGAUUGCUGAAGAAAUCGAUCAGCCAAUGAAAAAGUACAUAAUCGAUUUUUUGGGCUAGAAAGAAACUCAAAAAUCUUGAUUUCCACCCAUAUUCCUUUAAACAAUGCAAGGAGAGACUUGUCUUUGAAACAUCACUAAAAAGGGUGGAUUUAGUUCAAUGAUGAUAAUUGAUGACUUAUUUCUUCCUAUGAUUUCACACAUCAUCUUCUUAAAGAUAUGUGAAAAUUAACACAAUUUUUGGCACAUAUUAAGUGUACAAAGAUAUAUUUGGCUAAGGAGAAAUACUAGUUACAUAAUUAACU